AUGGGAACCAUGCAAAUUGGUGAUUACAUGGCCUGGAUCUCAGUCGAGGGUCAUGGAACGGCGUUGCAUGGUAUCGAGCGCUCGAAAAACGGCGCUUCCUGCUGGGUUGCUUCCGAGGUUGGCAAAAAGUUCUCUGUUAAUUGGUACAACACAACACGGCAAAUUCCCUUGCAAGCUGUCGUCCUGAUCGAUGGCACAGUCUGUGAUAACCACAUCAUGUUAGACGCCGAGCGGUAUCCUGACAAACCGAACGGCGUUGGGGUAUCGUAUACACGCACGUCAGACUAUACUCGCCGCGACUUUGUCUUCUCGUCUAUCCAAGUGUCUGACGAUGACGCGUAUUUGAAUACUAUUGAUGCUUCUUUGGACAUUGGUACUAUUCAGCUACAGCUCUGGCGAUUCCAGGUCCAAAAUGUCGUCACUCGACCGCUGGAGCAUUCCUAUGGAGGUCCUGUCUUGGAGGAACAGGUCGUCCACGAGCGGUCCAAGAAAGCGGGAGCACAUCACGUCAAAUUCGGCGAGGAAUAUCCCUCACCAGCUCCGACUGUCGAUAUUGUCAACGGGUUUAUGAUGGAUACGACCCCAUUUAUCACUUUCACCUUCAAGUAUAGGCCCCUUGCAAUUCUCAUGGCAAACGACAUCGUACCUCGCCCGGAAGUCCUAACAGAUGAUGAUCCAAGAACACAUUCUGAGAUACGCAGACUGGAGGAGCGCCUCAAGGCACUUCGCUCUAGUCAAGACGCAGAAGCAAACAGAUCUAGACAAAGCACAAGUGGGCCAUCCGGCGUUCACAGAUCACCUACACGCGCAAGAAGACGAAUAAAACAGGAGCCCUACUCCAGAGAGGUCAUUGACUUGACUUGAUUUAAUCGACCCUGCCAGUCUGAGUUUCCCGAUGUCAUUUUUCUCUUCCUUGCUCUCCGUCAUGUAACAUGCAACCAUGCUUUGUAUUCUCUAGGGCCUUUGUAUCAUCACAAGAAAUGUAAUUGGAACUUGUCUC